AUUAGCACAUGAUCAUUUGAGCACACUUUUUUGACUCCUCACAAUCACGAUGACCACGCUCAACGAGGCCGACAGUUGCAGUGACUAUGACCCGUUGUUCGAUGGAAGUGAUGCUUCCGAGCAUGGUGACGCUCCCAAUCAGAGUGGCAGCCAUGGCUCUUUUUCUCCAGGUGAUGCCGCUGGCGGUAAGUCCCUUGCGGGGGGAAUAGCUCCGGCCUUCCACUCUACAUUGGCUUUGCCAACGAGCUCAGAUGUUAAGACAGUCCAGGGAACUGUUCUGACGCGCAGUGUUAAAAAUGUGGGGACUAUUGCACUUCCUGUGUCCCUCACGAACCGUGCUGAACAUAAAUUCUCUCCAUCCUCAAUUUCUGCCUCAAUUAGCGGUACACCAGAUGUUUCCAGUUGGAAAACGAGCCUGCGUAAGCGUGGAAGAGGCCAACAGGUGGACUCGAUGCCAUCCGCAGUGAUGUCGAAAGCUCCCAGCGCUUCCCCUAUCCCUCUUACCGCACUGCGACCUGGAACUUGUCACACCGGUGUCUAUUCAACCCAGCGACAAUUUGCGCCUCCCCCAGUGAAGCGCCCUCGAGUGGAGUACAGACCUCCAACCCCGGCGGAUACAUCUUCUUAUGAAGGUCAAGUUUUGGCAAAAUUCAUGACAGACCCAUCUUGUAUCACCACCGUACGGGCGUACAUCCAUCUUCUGGCUGAUCUGAUCCCCUCAUGGAAGAUUACGACAAAUCCCCCUUUCUCCAUAACCUGGAAAGCUCGUCGCAUACCUGCCGGGGCAUCUGCGUGGGACAUUCCUUUCCCGUUUGCUCCAGGGCAAGCUCCAAAAGGCUACAUACAGAAAUGGUACGGAAACCGCCGAGCAGUUCUCCUUGAGGACAUCAAACAGGCUGUGAAGCAUGUUGUCUUCAAGGCAGAGACAGCGCGCCAAGCCGAGAUUCAAUUAGAUGCUCUGGCGGGUUGGGGAGAGGAUGCUAACGACCAGGUUAGGCUCUCAAGGGUGGCAAAUGCUAUUCAUCGAGGCCUCCGAAAAAUGCUUCAACGGCAGGUGGAGUUCAUGGCAAUCGAUCUGGAGCAGUUACCCGACCUCCCCGGCAACUCGUCUGGCGUCACUCCACAUUUACUGUUGACGGAGUCUCCAUUGGACCUCCCUGCUGUUGAAGAAGUUGUUGGACAAUGCAUCAGCCAGGUCUGCCAGGGUACAAGCAACACUGACACGCUUUCAAUUCAUCUAUCACCCCCAGUUGGUGAGCUGCCUUCAUUGACGGACCCGGCAGAGGCGAGCUCCACGACGAACCUCUCCCAGGUUGAUGCUUUUGGUGGGACAAAUGAAGCAUCUUCAUCCUCUCCUUCCUUCCUCCCAACACCAUCCUCGUCCCUCAGCCCAUCUAUUUCAGACAAUGGCCAUGAUCUCCCUUCGAUUCUGUCAAAUCUUACUGUCCCUGACUCAAUGAUCGAUCCCUCUCUUUUGGACACAGCAUCAUGCCAGGACAUGCUAGACGAAGCCGCUGACGCAAGUGAGCCUACGGUGCCAGAUUUCGACCUGGACGUACUCGAACGUUUCAUUGCUCAAUUUGGUAGCAACGAUGGAAUCACACCCACACCUCCUGAAAGCCCAGAAAUACCUGUUCCAUCUGUUCCUUCGCCCGUAACGGCAUCCCAGCCUCCAAGACCAUCCAAACGCAAAUCUCGCCCGGCGCCCCGUGCCCGAGCGAAGCCCCGCGCCGCGCGAUCCCCCGCAUCUACUGGCGCCUCCACAACUGCCACUGUCUCCAAAAAUCAGAUCGUAGUGAGCGAAGUGUGCAAGCGUGCUCAGGAGACGCGCGAGCGCGUCAGAAACCAACUGCAGAGCGUCGAGAGGCAAAUGAAAGAGUUGGCAGUCGAAGAACGAGUCUUGUUACACCUGGUUCGGGGUUUGGCAGCGAAGGAGAAUGUUGUACCUACAACCAGCUGACCAGAGGGUGCUGCUUUCUUCGAUUGGAGGUUGUUCAGGCUGGGGUGGGGUGAGGGAGGAAAUGGGUCAAUGAUCGUCAGAACCCUGGUCUGAGAACGUUUGCCCCAAUUCGACACAUGUUUGAACCUAUCUUGUGAGUUAAAUCGUACCAUAGCU